AUGGCAGUCUGGGUGGAGGAUUUGACAGAACACAGUUUCAAACUCUGUCUUAGGGAAGUGAAAAUUUUUGAUGGACUUCACAGGGGCAUCAAAAUUGUGAGUAAAAUGUUCUAUCCACCAGGGGUUUCUGAGACUUCAUGUUGCGCAUUUGCCCCUCAUUGCACAAAGCAGCAAAAUAGAGAUAUACACAAGGAAAUAACAUUCUGAUUAAACCACUUCAUAAAGGCGAAUGCGAUUCGAAGGGAUUAUUCUUUGUUUAAAGUAUUUCUCUGUUUAUGAUUGGCUUAAUCACGGGUAACUUUCAUAACGAGCUUCCGUUAACCAAAAAAAUGAGUCACUUUUACGGAUAAUUGAUUGUUUAGAAAAGGGGACAACAGAAGGCGUUUUACUUAGCUCGGCUGUUCAGCUAGAGCUCCGAAAUAUGGCGAAAACUAACGCUUCCUAAAAUCAAAGCAAGAACAGCAAAAUGCCACAUGCGCGAAACAUGAUGACUACUAUUUGAAGAAUAUCUCAGCUAGAUAUACAAUUCCCGAAGUUACCGAGCAACAGGGAAAUGUUAUUAAAACGCAAAUUCAGGUCGAUGGAAACAAUAUUUUGAAUUAAUAUUUCAAUUUUUACACUUGUUUGAUUCGGUUUUCGAAGGAUAUAUUUAACAAUUAUUCCACGAGUGCGCGUUGGACUGAUAUGAGAUGGCAGAUCAGGGCGGAUAAAUGUUGGGCGGUGAAACGAGCGCUCCGCCCUUCAUUUAAUGUGUGAUGCGGAGUAGAACUGGCACGAGCGCUCUUUCCGCGCUUCCGGUGCGCUCGAACGUUGGCGAAAUUUUGCUUUUUGCAAACCGGAAAUCCUAUUUUCUUUCUGUAAUUUCAGGCUACAAUGUUAAAUAGAUAAAUUCGCUUCAUAACAAUGUCAAUAAACAGUUUCAUAUGUUUGUGUCUGUAUGCCUAUAAGUCAAACUUGUUGGUCGUAUAAUGCCAAAAUUUGAGUUUAAUCUGAAAGUGUUGAAUACCUCCUCCUUCCACUAGAUAUCACCUAAUCGUCUUUCGCCGUUUCGUUUGCAAAAGCUUAACACUUCUUAACCUCAAUUUUUACAUAUGUUAAAGGGGGAUAAAUUUUAUUUAACAUAACAAAAAAUUAGAUUGAUAUAUUUUGAUAUAGUGGCGUUGUACUCCUUCAAACUUUGCUUCUCGGGUGCAAAGCGCCAUGGCGAUUCGCGCAAUGCGUCGCAAAUCCGGCAAGGGCAUGUAAACAAAAUUUAUUGAGGUUAGUUGUAAGGUUUUUUCUCCGUUUUUCUCUCUAAAACAAAACAAGGUAAACAGUAAAAACUGAGGGGAAACUAAUUUUGAAGUUUCUAAGAAACAGAAAGACGUAUGAUAUGUUUUUUUCAAAAUUAAAAAGAAGGAUGAUGGUGAUCAGAAAUUAGCAUAAUUUCCCCUUGCACGAGCUGCACGCAUUUAUAAAAUACACGUCAUCUAGUCAUGAAAAACGAUCCGCUGUCUUUUAGUUUUGCCAUGGAUGACAUGGAUGAGAUUUUCCUUCGUGUUUUAGACAGUACUUAGUUGUUUUUGUUUUGGAAUAACAUCGACAUUGGCGAGUAGUAGAACGAAAAUAUAAUUCAUUGGUAGAGUCUUUGAAAGAGAUGUUUGUCUACUCCAAUUAAAACUCCCGCAAAAAACAGCAACAUUUGCCUCUCAGAGACAGCGUACCAGCACAAAUUAAAGAACGAGGAAGAAGUGCAAGAAAACAAAUCAAGCCGCCAUAAUUCAGUGUCAGUGGCAGAGUCUAACGGACAAACCACAUCGCAAGCCCUGACAGAAGUCGAAAACAAGCGACAUUUCUAAGCAGAGUCCCAGUCUACUGCAUCACACAUUUUUGCUCGGACGCGCUCGUUUCACCGCCCAACCUUUAUCCGCCCUGUGGCAGAUAGCCAACGAGGCGCGAAGUACUGAGUUGGCUAUAAUAAUCUCAUAUCCAACAAGCGCGAGUGGAAUAACUGUUUUAUUAAAAACGCCCACAAAAUUUCGAGAACUCUUCCCGACUAUUUGUAAAAGCAAACGAUUUUCAGUUCGUUUUUAGUUUUGAGCAGACGCGUACAGUUAUAGUUUGGAGAGCAUGGUAUAAUGGCUCAUAUACCAUGAUGGCUAAGCCAAUCCACUGGCUACCAGUGCGCUUGCGCGUAGAUUUUAAGAUUCUCCUUGUUACAUUUAAGAUUCUUCACGGUGUUGCGCCUAGCUAUCUUAAGGAUCUUGUCUCUGUCUUACCGGACUCACGUUACCAACUACGCCGUAACAAUAAUGGUAUAUUGUUAGAAAGACCUCGGCUAAGAACGAAGAAGACUUUGGGAGAUCGCGCGUUAUCGAUGGCUGCCCCCUUUUUAUGGAACAGUCUUCCUCUGCCAAUAAGACAGGAAACAUCAAUCGACUCUUUUAAACGCUCUGUUAAAACAUAUUUAUUUAAGAAGGCUUUUAGUUAGAUUAUUUAUUUAUUUAUUUAUUUUUAAAUAUUGUAAUUUUACCGUGUAAUUUUACUGGUUUUUAAUUUAGUUAUUAAUAAUAUUGUAAUGCGCCUUUGAGUAUUUUUAUAGAAAAAGCGCAAUAUAAGUAUUAAAUAUUAUUAUUAUUAAUCACAACUCUAGAAUUGCAUUAUCCAAUGAUUCAGUUUUUAAUGAAAAUAAUUAUACAGAUCAAGGUGAGUCUACUGUUGUCCGCCGAGUCCUCGUUGAUCUGCAUAAUUCCACAUAACAUCUACGCAGCCUCAUCCAAUAAAUACUAAGUGGUUUUAAAAUCGGCUCCUUCGUUGAAGCUAUCAUAAAGCAGUUAGCGAAAUAUUGCGCUCUUAGUUUACAGACUUAAAAAAAAAAUGCCAAAACGCAGGUUUUAAGUGUCCGAUAACCCCGAACGCCACACUACAGAUGGAGGAGGAAAGUCAGAAACACGAGGAAGACAUCAGUGCACUGAUUCUCUUAAUGCUAUUCCUACCUUGUAACAUUUUCAACAAUCCAUCUAGAAAUAAAUAAAUAAAUCAUAAAAACAAAUCGCUGUAUCUUUAAAUAAAAAUGAGAUUAGCCUUAUCUAAUAUGAUUUUUCCAUUGUUUCAGAACUGGAUGGCUUAUACAAACCUCACUGUUGUGAACUUCACAUUGUCAGAGAGUCUUGUGCUAAGGAGCAAAAACUCACCACCUCAAAAUAACGAGGCCUUUUGCGAGGUGAAAAAAUGUUAAUAAUUAAAAUGGAAUGUCUUGACAAUGUUUUUAUAUUUUACAUAAACUUUAACAUGUGCAUCGGUUGGUGAUAUCAGUUCCUGCUCACCUGGAUCGAAGUUGAAGUUUGUUUGGUCAUUCUCAUCACUUCUUACCAACGAUAAAUAGUGCCGGCUACGUUAAAGAAUUCUAUGAGUCUGAAAAAAAAAAAAAUCGGAGGAUGGGGUUUCAAUUUAACUUAGCCCUCCAUGUCUAUUUAAUCAUUGAUUGUUUAGACCAGGGUUUAAAUAAUUUCAAGCAAAAAUAUCAUGUCCGUUAAUUAUUUGUCAUUUUAUGACACAUAGUGAUCGUUUCAUGUCAUUUGUUAUACAUUUAUUUAUUGAAGUAGUUAUUCAUUUAUGUCUGCAUGCACUUAUUCUGGAAAACAAAGUAACUAAAAAGUGACAAAUAACAAUCCAUAUCGCUUAUGCUACAGAAUAUCAACUUCACAAUGCCGCUCUAUGCUCCACCAGUGGUAAUAGUGACCGCAAAGCGUGUCAACAACAACUCGCAGUCUUCUGGAUGCGACGCAAUCGCCGCAUGGGUUGAGGUAAAAAAAAAAAUUAAACAGGUAGAAUUGUAUAACAGACUUAUGCCAUCGUCACCCUGCGAGCAGAGCCUCAUUUUUUCUUCUUGACUGGGGAGGAGAAAAGGAAGCUGAUCUGCUUGAAUCGCGUCACACAUUUGAGGUCGCCGCAGCCAAAAUUUAAUUGUGGACUAGUCAAUCCUGCUUCCCUUCGUAACACUGUUUUUUUUUUCCCGAGUGCGAGCAUCUGUUUAUUGAUCAGGGGCACCCAACGACUGUUUUCUGUAAACGAUCUGUUCGGAAAAGCAAAUGUUGCUUAGAAUGUAUUUUUCUUUUGCUUGAGGACGGCUGAAAAUUUCUAGAUGAACGUUCCAUUCAUGUACAAUUUUCGAAGCUCAUCUAUCAAAUCCCCUACGAUUUUUUGAAGUUUAAUUUUUCAUAUUUUAAUACUUCCCAGGUUAAAUUAUUUUUCUUAGAAAAAAAGAAACUUAAAAUUUUCGGAUUCUAAAAUGUGAUGGAGAGAGGAAUCCGAAAAAUUGUUACUUUCGUAAAACGUUAAAUUGCACCUAAAAUUUUCGGGAAAAUGAUGCAAAAACCCUUGUAAUUUCGAAUAGACUUACGUCCUCCUAGGAUGACCGAACAGAUAAAAAUUUUUUGCAUUUCGAGAGAUCUAAAAGUCCUCUGAAUAGCCUAAAAAGUGUUUUCAUUGCAAACCAUCGUUGGGUGCCCCUGAUUGAUAAACGGGUGGUCAUGAACGCGAAUUGCUGUAGUAGGAGCACAAUUAUUAGGCCUGGGUCCAAAACUAUAUUCUAGCAACAUGCUGGACAUGCUCAACAAACAUCUUGUCAUUUUGUGCAGAGUCUUUCCAGGGGCACCCAACGGCAAUUUUCGGGAAAAUAUCUGUUCGGAAGACGAUUUGAGAUCUAGAAUUUUCGGAGCAUUUGUUGUAAAAUUUCUUGCUUGCCUGCCUCUCCUAGGUAUAAUUACCCAUUUUUAACGGAUUUUGACCUUAAAAAAGGCCACCUAGAAUUUUCGGGAGCCUUUUCCUGACUGAAAUUUUCGACAAGGUAAGUUUUUAUCCCUAUAAUUUUCGGAUCACCAGACUUUCAGCUAGGAAAUCCGAACAGAUGGAAAGUUUUUAGGGGAUAAAAAUAUGCCUAUAUCUACCGUUUAAAUACUAAAAUGCGUUCAACAAUGCUAUGUUAAGUGGUUUUGAACUAUAUCCUCGUUGGGUGCCCCUGUCUUUCUUGCGGAGUACGCCAAAAUCAAGCAAACGAAAGAAAGGCUCUGCUCAGUUUCAGGGUGAGGCAGCGCAAACCUUCAGACGUGAUCUGUUUGAUGAUAUUAAUAAACAAGCUAUGAGUGAGGAAAGUCAGUACUAGAAAUGGAAAUCGGCAGAUUUUUCACUGCAGUUUUACAUCAAAAAGAAGGUUUCGUGAGGACAAGUUCGCCUCACUGCGAGUUUUGCCUGCAUAUAUCUUCUGUCUCUGAAAUUUCUGUUCUUAGUACACAAACACCACAGAAACACAGAUUUGUGUCAGAAACUACGACCCAAAGAGCAAGGAUACCAUAAACGUGGAUUACUUAGUUUUUGGAGGUAGGUAUGCGUAAGUCAUUAUUUUUUAAAGUUUCAGUAAUACCCUUCGCGUAAUUUAAUUUGGUCUCGCUAUUUAGAAGAAAGAGAGCGCAAGUACAUCAUCACAACAACUGUUUAAUUGGUAUUGUUGACGUGUCACUUAUGACGUUAAUGACUCCAUAAUUAUAAGUUUAUUCAGUGUAUUUUUACCAGCCUGCGUGGCAGGCAGGUUAUGUUUUUUACUCUCCCUGGUUACUUUUUAGUUUUCUAACAUCCAAUUUCAUAAUUUGAUACUUUAAAUCAAACUCAAUGACGAGACACGUUCUGAGUGUAAAGAACUGUGAGACAUCAGGCAGUGUCGAGUUAACACUAAUGAGGACCUCUAGAUCUAGCCUCUUCGUUAGUGGGUUAUUUUAAGAAGAAAAAUGCUUUUCUAGUCACAAUAAAUGGUCUUUACAUUAAAAAAAGAAAAACGAAAUUGAAAUGGCCUAGCCGACGCGGUUUCUCUUGAAUACUGGCUAAACGCCGUUUAAAUAAUUGGCCCAUAGAUGUUAGCAAGAGCUAUAAUGAUGUUAGCCUUUGCCGAUUGAAGGUAACGGAAGUAUAUCUAGCCAAUGUUUUGAAAACCAGCAUGACGAAAUUUGCAGUCAUUUGAGUGAAAAGGCAUCACAAGACAGAUUUUUUGGGCUCAAAAAGAUUUUACUCGAGGGAAAGGAAGAGGAGAAAAAGAAAUAGCGAAGAAAGAAAAAAAGUAAGAAAAGAGAAAAAAGUAAUGGUAGUGCACACUCUUAGUUUUUAUAAUGGCUACCUUGGAGAUAGUUCAAGUUUUGGCCGAAAGAAGCUGUUGGAUGGAAAAGGUCCUUUGUCGCUAACGUUUUCAAAAAUCCGGCUAGAUAUAUAUGCCUAGCACAAAAGGGGCAAAAAUUCAAGGAGUGGCUGGCCCUCGACAACUUCUCUCCACCUUCGCUUGAACUAGUCAAAGAAUAAAUUAGGGGGAAAUCAGUUACGGAAACCUUAAUGUGUGCCACUGAACAGCAAAUAUUUCCGAGGCCGAUGAUCUGAUGAUCAGUGUCGUAGUAUAAGUGAUAUCCGGUGUCUGUGUCAAAUGGGAUCAUUUGUAACCGUAAUUAUCGAUUUUUUAGCUGAACCUUCUCCUUCUUCAGUUCGCAAUUGUCAAAUGCAAAUGAUACUGACAAUACGUCUUUAAUUGCUGAAAACAGAUCCGGAUCCUUGUAUAGACGUAUACUGUAAUUAUCACGGUCUGUGCAAGGCUUUUGGACCAUACGAUGCCCGCUGCGUGUGUAUAGACAGUUGCCCAUCCUUCCAAGUACCCGUAUGUUCUUCCAAUGGUACGACGUUUGACAACGACUGUUUCUAUAAGCAGGAAAUGUGUAUGUUACAACUGAACCACACUGUGCAACAUCCAGGGAGCUGUGAAGGUAUCAUUUGAAGUGGAUGUUUGUGAAGUAUCCAUUGUUUCUUGCCUUUGUGCCCUUUCCGCUACCCUUUCCGCUCCAGCUAAGAAGAAAGUCACGUAUACUGAGCUUAAGUUUAAAAAAGUUCCCUAAGUUAAAAUUGUAACAUUUUGGGUUUUAGAAGUCUAGCUGUGUACGACGUUUCUGACAAUAACGUAUGCGAGAAAGUUAACUAGACAAAUAAUACCAUAUUCACAAAAAGAUCACAAGGCCCAGCAUUAUGGCUGGAAGAAUUUGAGCUUUUCAAUAUCUAUGGUCCUUAGUGCGGCAUUCAAAAUUCGAGGACGGCGCUCUUUCGAGUAACUAAGGAGGACAUGUUUAAUUAAUGAGCCAGGUUAGCCCCAUAUACCUGCCUCAUCCCCAGUCGCACGCGAUCACUUUUGGGGGGUAUUUGAGUUAAUUAUUAAGGAAAGCGGGGACGAAGGAAGUGCGCUCUACGCUCGUUCCCAUCAUUUAACUCUCGCGCUUCUCGCUAGUCUCCAGCUCUCGUGUGUUCCCAAUCCCCAGUUAGCCUUGGGAAAGCCUGCGGAGGAGGCAGCCUUUAUACGGCCGUACUUACUUAUUAUAAGCCUAAACUUUGCCCUUUAAAUUGUCUUUAUGUGAUUGUGGGUAACAAAUAGCUAACAAAUCGACCGAAAGAGAGAGUGUGUUGGCACCCUUCAAAGUUCUUACCACAAUUUGUCAACAUUCCGUGAACUAGUAUAAGUAUACUGAAAAAGAAAGGCAAAUCAUAGAAUCGAUUUUCUUGUAUAACAAACUAAAAAGAAAAAAAAAAACGAUAAACCUGAUAUCUUCAUGACAUACCAUUCGCCUGUCUCAGAUUUGGGUCAGCUAAUUGGUUUUACGGAGCAGCAAUACGUUAAUUAAGACAUUACAGCCUUAUUUUCCCGAACGAUCGUCGAGAUCGAAGACUUGGCGUUAAUAGGGGUCAUCUUGGAUGAGUGUCAAAUCUACUCAAGGGCUAUUAGCACCGACUCGCGCCCCCUGGGUACAUAUGAAACCACUGAUGGCCGCCCGUACUAGUAAGCGCUCGAUCCUGACGAUCUUACGAAAAAAUAGGGGAUUGUGAACAGACUGUUAUGAUAUGCUUAUAUCUAUAUUUAUAAAAAAAGAUGUUAAGCGUCGAAUUAAAACAAGGAUAUCGCGCUCUCAUGGUUCCAUUUCAAAUUUCAUUGUCUAUUUUCUCGCACACAGUGGCUGUUGACCACCUUGCACGCGAAAAAUCUCUCAGUUAUUGUCAAAGUUACAUUAAAUUGGUUUUGUUUCUGUUUAACUUUCCAGGAUUCCCAUAUCAGCGCUCGCGACUUCACAUGCCUCACGUACCAUCCUUGGGGUAUUCGCAUUGUGAAGUAAUUCAUCUACGACCAUUCGUGUUCUAUCCCGACAAACCCGUCCAAGUGCAGGUAACUGUUAAUCACGUUGAUACCAGGGACAUGAACUAUGUCCACGAUGCUGCUGUGAGUAUCGAACAAUUUACUGCUUGCGUGAUGGCGGCAGGUUUUAACGAGCGCAAGUCACGUGCUAAUGUGUCCAUAGACUGGAUAGCUUAUCAGGGAGCCCCAGCUGGUGGGGUCUCUGGAGAGGUGCGCAUGUCACAGUAG